GUAUAUGAGUAUAGGUUAUGUUAACACAAGUUAAAUUUAGAUGUUCCACUAACUGUGAAAAAAUUCUUCCAAAUAUAAUGUCGGAUAAGUAGUGGAAAGAAAAAGGAAUUCUGAUGUUAUUAUAGUUGAAUAUUACUUGUGUAAACGUCUUGUUUGUUCAAGACAAUCAGUCGUUCGGACAUCUGCUGCAGUGUUAUACGCCCUCCUCAUUUUGCUUCGAUCAUUUUUCACUUCCUGGCCGCUUCGUCAUUAUUCAUUUUCCCGCGGUCUCUUGACACGCGCAUCUCCGUCCCACAGUAAGAAAAUUCGACAUUCGCCCUCGCCUAACUCCAGAAACCUCCCACGACGUGCGGAGCUCACCACAAUUGCACUACAUUUUGAUGAUGAAACAAUGGAUGUUGCUACUCCAACACCUCAAGAUCUACAAAGAAAACUGUACUUUUUAGUGGAACAACUUCAACACAUGGCUGGUGAACUUCCUCCAAAAUAUCAGAUGCGUCUUCCAUAUGAAUUAUUAUCUGGUUUAGCUAAUUCUUUAUUAAAUGAUACAAUAUUUGAAAUUGUUAAGGGAUUAAUGGAAAUACAGCAUGUUACAGAAAAACAUCUUUUUCAACAACGUCUUCAACUAUUAAAUCAACAAAAAAUUGAAAUGCAAGAAUCAUUAUCAUCAAUAUCUAUAGAUGAAGAAAGAAUAUCAAUAAAAACAGCAUUACAUAAAAAACACAAAGAAGAACUUAAACAAAUGGAUAUGAAAUUAGUUUUACAAUUGGAUCAAAAAGUAGCAGAUCAACAAAGUAUUUUAGAAAAGGCUGGUGUACCUGGUUUUUAUGUUACAAAUAAUCCAACGGAAAUUCAAGUACAAAUGAGAUUAUGUGACUUUAUCAUUAGACUAAGUAAAAUGGAAGUUCCAAGUUAAUAUAAUAUAAUUUAUAAAAAUACGAAUUUUUCUAAUUAUUUUUAAAUAAAUUUUUAAAUUGUAUGAUUUUUAUUAUAAUUAUUUAUUUCAACAAAUUGUACAAUAGUUCAAUUAAUAUAGUAUCUUUUUUUGUACAGUAGCACCUUUUUAAAAUAAUUUCUUUUUAUCCUAUAAAUAAUUUAAUUCCUAGUAAUUUGUUUUUAUUAUAUAAAUAAUUUAAAAAACAAUGUAAUUGUGUUAAUAGUUUUUUUUAUAUAAGGAUAUUAAUAAAUAUCUAUUUGUAGGAAACAUUAUUUUUUUAAUUAAGACUUUUAGUCUUUGUUGUCUUCUAUGAAUUAUAUACAUAGUUUUUAUUUCUGUAGCAAACAGCACUGUACAAUGCAGAAUAAUCUGCAUACAAACAAGUCUUACAUUAUAUCAUAAAUGUUCUGUUGCUAUUAUUAUUGAAUAUAUGAUAAUAACAAAGAAUAUUAUUUUGUAUAUAAAAUAUUUUUUUAAUAAAUUGUUUAUUAAAAAAAAGAUAUAAAUAUAUUUUGACAG